UGAAAAUAUAAGUUCAACAUUUGCAGGCGCUGUUAAGGGUAUUCUGCACAAGUAAUUAAGAAUGAAAGCAAUAAACAUACAUCGUAAGUCAUUAGUCCAGGUAGACGAAUCUUAGCUAAUGGUGACGCAAUCCCCUUUAGAGCUGUUUUACGAUUUUCGUUACGUCGCCGGGGAGCCUGAAAGAAAUGUGUUCAUGGUUAAAAUUCAAAUGUAACCCAGCGAAUUGGUUGACACACCUGCGGUAUCAUCUAACAUCUGCACGACUACGUUAAACGUCAGUGGGGGAUGAAUUUCUGUUACUAGAACUUGUAAAGUAACCAGUUCGUGCUGCGAAGAGCCAGGAGUAUUUAUGAGCAUUUUCUACCGUAUAGAUGUGAAUGAAUGUACGGUAAAUAUUUUGUAAACACACAUUCACUCCCACAUAACGAACACAGUGAUAUGAGUGGACGAGUAAUGUAACGAAGUAACGGACAAAAGAAGCACCUUAGUUUCAAUACUGAACAUACUGAGAAAUCGUAAUUGAUUCUUGUGAAAGUUUACUUUCUUGGGCGUCACUACACAAGAAACUCUUCUAGAGAUAGUGAAAUGGUGCGGGUCAGUGUGACGAAAGGGAUGGUUGUGGCAGUGUUGGUACUUGAAUCAUUUUACCUUCUGGCGUCCCUCAAGAAGCUGGCCGACUUGGAAGAGGAGUGCGAGGGAAAAUCGCAAAAGGCAGUAGCUGAUAAUCGUCAGGUGAAAGAGGAAGCAUGGCCUCCCAUAUACAUCAUCACACCAACAUAUAAGCGCACCACCCAGAUAGCUGACAUGACAAGGAUGUCGCAGACUUUGAUGCAUGUACCAAACCUACACUGGAUUGUUGUCGAAGAUGCAUUGAAAACGAGUGAUGUUGUGAGAGAAUUGUUGGUAAGAAGUGGACUCCCGUUUACGCAUUUGUGUGCCACGAUGCCAGAUGAAUACAAAGAUAAACCAAUGAUGGGUAAAGGGGUGUUUAACAGGAGAGAAGGAAUCCGUUGGCUUAGAGAAAAUGCACGAGAGGGGGUCCUUUAUUUUGCGGAUGAUGACAAUAGUUACGACAUACGAUUAUUUGAACAGAUGAGAACUACAAGAAAAGUCUCAGUGUUCCCUGUUGGGAUGAUUCUUAGUUUAGGAGUCAGUUCACCAAUCAUCAGGGAUGGGAAAGUGGUCGGAUUCCAUGAUGCCUUCCAGGCAGGCAGAAAAUUUGCUGUGGAUAUGGCAGGCUUUGCCAUCAAUCUUCGAGUUCUGCAUGCCAAUCCUGAUGCCACCAUACCUCUGAGACUGUCAUACUUAGAAGACGGCUUUCUAAGACGUCUGAGGAUUGAGCUGGAGGAUCUAGAACCCCUUGCCUGGGGUUGUACACAGGUGUUAGUGUGGCACACGAAGACUCAUAGGCCUGGGACACCGAAAAUGGAGCAUAUAGCCCAUACAGACUUCGACACAAAUCUCGUCGAACUUUAUAACAAUAUGCUUCGGUGAUUUAGGCUUCGAAAUAAUAUUGUUUGUCUGUCAGUUAGUCUGAAGUAGGUAGUGUUGUCACUUUUAAACCUGUAUGAUACAUGCUCUUAUAUUUUUGUUUUAGAAAUUUUCGUUUCCUAUCUGUCAGUUCAUUUUAGUCAAUAGUCAAGUAAAGGAAAAUGAAAUUACUAUUACAAGAAACAAAAAUCAGUGGUGAAAAAGAUGGCAAAACUCCAAAAAAUAUUGUAUUCAAAUUGAAUUAAUUUUAAGCUUUUUAUUGUUACAUUCAUUGGCCUAUUUACAGGCGAUUUUCAAAAUGGUUUUUGAAACUGCAACCAGUCACAAUUCAGUUUUUUCUUAAUGGACACCAUUUAGACUAUUAGUAGACUACUAUGAGAUUCAGGGCCUCUGUAACACGGUUUUUUCGCAAUAACUUUUUAUCUAUGUAUUUCAUAAAUAUAACGCUUACUCAGAAUACACAUUAUAUCUACACAUAAAUUUUGACUGUAUUCUGCAUUACGUAGUUGAAUAAAUUUGGUACUUAUAACGUAAAAGUGACUUUUUUUGAAGACGGGCCAACUUAAUCAGAGAAAGGGUUUCGAACGCACUCGUUACGUAACUUAUGACAGCAUUUCUUUCCUCUUUCUCGAUGGAUGAUUGGCUAUACGUAACGAAGGCUAGACCUCUGGCAACAAUGACAUAAAAAUUUAAAUACAAGCAAAGCAGUACACUUUUAUGAACUCUGAAACCUCUCCACUGAUAAUUGUCAUAAUGAACAAACCAACAAAAUAUGUUAAUAAAUACAAAAACACUUCGGUUAUUAGUCUAACUCCCAAAAUAAGUGUCCUAAGAAAUUACAGUCUACUUUAUAGGUCACAAUCAGAUUGACAAGAUAUAGGGAAUAGUUGGUAAUUUUCAAAAACAUAGUAGACAAGAUUGAUUUGACAACUGCUAUACCCAACGUCAAGCAAUUUUUAUUUAUUGGCAAUCUACCUAUUUACUGAAAAAAAUAGCCGGUACCGUAUUUUGGCUUUAAACCUUCACCAAUAAUUAUCGUCAGAAUGAUGACUUCAUGAGGCUUCACCCACUUUGGCCUCGUUAUAAUUCAGGAUAACACUGAAGGCAAUAUAUUAUGGGCAUUGUUGGAUUAGAAAAUUUAACUUCUGGCUAUAAAAACUCAUUUCUCGAGUAGUUGUUAGAAGUGCUAAAUGAUCCUCAAGGAUCCCAGCAGUUGGCCUAAACGUUUAAUUCAUGUAUAUUACUGCUAUUACUACAGUAGUAUUACUACGCUAGCACAGAUACCCCACCCACAUCUAUGUAUCGUUCCGCCAUUCAUAAAGUCUUUAUAUCCAACACGGUUGUACGGCUUAAAGAAGAAGAAAAAAACUAUAUCGGAUGAUCCGUAGGUCUGCUGGAGACUUUAGCAAAUAUAAGCUUGUAUUUACUUUGGAUAAAAAUCUUAUUUUAACAAAAAUAGUUAUAUAGCAUAGUGAAUAGUUAAUGGAAAUGUUCAAAAUCCUGAAUGACAUUACAAAUAUUAUAAUCACGUUACGCUAAAUACAAAUCAGACCAUAAACAUUGGAUUUAAACUAGAAACUGAGUAAUUACCUAUUCAGGCUAUAGUAAGUAUGGCCACGGGCUUUCUCUUGACUGUAUAAAUUUGCAAGUCGUAAGACAAAUGCAGUUUUGGAACCACGGGGACAAUUCGAAAUCCUGUUAGCCAUUCUUGACUGCUAUGGGUUUCAGAGCCGAUGGAACAAGGUGAAUGAGUCUCUGUCUGGUGGAUGGGCGGGGCAAAAGCGGUUUUUAACUUGCUUGCGUAAUGAAUGUUUUUCGACUCUUGGCUCGUAAUCAUUGGCCUUGGCGUCGGCUAGAUAAUUUUUACUCUAUAGAAAUUAAAACUAUCGGGCUUAGGUUAUUGAUAAUGCUGACAAAAUUUGUGUGCGGUUGUAAAAUAUACAUAUGUCAACUUUCAGCUACAUCCGAUGCUUUGAUAAGGAGCAAAGUCCAAAAAACCGUGUUACAGAGGCCCUGAAUCUCAUAGUAGUUCAACUAGUAUACAAGACAUUUUAUACUAGUUGAAUAUAGUCUAAUUGGUGGCCAUUAUGUCAAACACCAAAUUAGUUUGUAACAGCAACUUCACUAUACUUGACUAAUGGCUAAAAUGUGAUUUGUUGUAUUCCAAUAUAAUACCAUUUCCUGGCAGUAUGUAUGGGAAAUUAGGGUUUUAAAUAUCAUUAGUUAGGUCCCAAAGAUUUUAAUCACUGUUUUGUAGCAACUUUGAAAAUAGUGUAUUUCAAAGUAGCAUUUUGACAAAGUGCAGUGAAACACUACACUGUGUGAAAUGAGUUUUUCCUUAAGUAUCAUCAAAUAGGUCCCAUAGCCUCCAUUCGCUUCGUAUGAAAGUAAAUAAAUGAAUUUAGUGAUCUUAGUCAAAGCAUCAUUUUGAGAAUCGUGUUUUAUAACAUGGCAUCAUUCUUUGCCAAAUCAGAGGACGCUUUUCUUAUUCUGUUGUGCUGUUUUAAUGGAAGCAUCUGUGCUUCACUAUUGGCAAACAAAGUCAGUUACAUUAUCCAGCCAAGUAGGAGUCUGUACCGCUGUCUUUCACAGUUUUCUGUUUUGAGUUCCUGUGAUGAGGGUACACUCCGGUGAAAUGCGUCAAAGAUGGAUGAAUUUCACUGUUAUCUUUU